UGGCCAGUUGAGGUUUUCUGGUUCUCUAACCGAGGGUAUGUGCGGCGCAAGAGACAGGCGCGACGAGGGUGAAGCAGAUGAUGCGUAAUGAUGGUUAGCUAGGCAGUGAACAGACGAGACAGAGGAAAGAAAACGGACGAUUGAAGAACCCCGGCAAUAAGACGACGAAGAAGAGAAGAGAGGAGCAAAUUUCUCCUUGAAGCCAGAACGAGGGGACUUGGACAGUGAAAGGAUUAAUCAUUUGAAGUGCUACUUAGGCAAUUAUCGGUUUUUGCUUUGGAACUUCAAAUCCAUUUUGCGACUUCGAAUCUGUUUCCGGCUUGCUACUCUUCUUACUAGGUCAUGAAUCGUAUUGUGAUCCCAAUUUGUCUUGAAGGUUGAACUAGUCAUGGUUUACACAUUAGUUUUGUGGGUGACUGGACGAGUUUUAUCAAGGAGACGGAAGAUAUUAAAGGAAAGGAUGCUUCAAAUUAGGCUUAGCAAGGGUCCUUCGACGGAAGGUGGUGGAGGGGUUGUCCGGCCCCUGCUGGCGGAGACCGUGACUGUGGCAUGUCCUGACCACCUUGUCCUGGCUGAUCUUCCUGUAGCCAAAGGCAUUGGUUCGAUCACUGUUGCUUCUGUUGUCAAGACUGUUGGUCGCAGGUCCCGUCGCCACCUUGGUGAGCGAGUCCAUUUCUGUGUUCGCUGUGAUUACCCAAUUGCUGUCUAUGGCCGUUUGAGCCCUUGUGAGCAUGCCUUCUGUCUUGAGUGUGCAAGGAGUGAAUCGAUUUGCUAUCUUUGUGAUGAACGUAUUCAAAAGAUUCAGACAAUCAAGAUGAUGGAGGGGAUCUUCAUCUGUGCAGCUCCCCACUGCCUCAAAUCUUUCCUGAAGAGGAAUGAGUUUGAAUAUCAUAUACAUGAGAGCCAUGCUGACCUUUUACAGCCCUAUGCAGAAAAAGAAGAUGGUAAAGAAUCAGAGAUUCAGAGUGCUAAUCACUCUUCUGCUUCAGAUUCUACUCUUCGAGCUCCCACAAGGCCAGUUUUCUCUCCAGCUUCAAGUUCACAGCGGCAACAGCCUAGGGAGCAACUACCGCCCAGGCCAAUCAUGCAGCAAAAAGGACCACCUAUUUUUGGGCAAGCUCAGAACUAUCCAUUGGAUACUCAGCUUGACAAUAACCGUACCCCAGGCUAUGAUAGGCUUGGUCCCCAUAACCGCUUCCAACAAAGUUUUGAUACACCACAGCAAGAAUCAAGUCAGUUAACAGACAAGCAGCAAGGAAUUUUAUCUGAGACGCAGCUUCCAGAAUACCCACCUAUGCACUCUCAACCACCUAAUUAUGUUAUGCCAACGAAUCAAAACCCAGUAAUGCCACCUUCAUUUGGUCUUCCUUCUUUCCAAACGGAUGGAGUCCAACAAUUUUAUACUGCAUCUUAUGAGAUGGGUAGGACGGAUUCAACUCCAGAAGUGGGUUCACAACAAGGUUCAUUAUUAGGUUUCCCACCAGGUCCAGUGGUUGGUGUUCAUUUCUCGGCACAAUACCAACAGUCUUGGACUGCUGGAACGGUUGGUGUACCUUUUGAAGCUCCAAUGGGGAAUCAAGGGGUCCAAGAAGGUUUUGCAAACCUUUCGGAUUCUCAGGGAAAAGCUCCAUUUUUUCAAGGUGAUUUUGGGCGAAAUUCAGGCUUACCCAUGAUUCCUCCACCAUCAGGCAUCAAGGGAAUAGAUGUUCAACAGGAUAAUAGGGAUGGGAAGGGCAUAUUGGCAUCACAAUCUUUGCAGAUCCCACCACCCCCUCCACCACCACCUCACUUGUCUCAUCCGAGUCGUGGUCAGUUCUAUUCAGGGGAUAUGGGUCGAGAUGGUCAAAGCUAUGGAUGGCAACAUGAGAGCCAUGAUGGAUUUGCAGGCAGCCAAGACCAAAAAAAUUAGUACUUCUGUUGUAUCCAUAUAAUAUAAAUUCUUCUCUUGCCAGACUAUUCAUAUUCAUUAAGUAGUAUGAGUUUGGUGUUUCUUUAUUACUUUUCGGCAGCAUUCAAUCUCUUAGUAUGCUUUGUUUUGUUUGUACAUCUCAAUUUGGCCAGUUGGUGUAAAAACUUUCUAUAAA